GCGGCGCGAGGGACGGCGGCUGCGGGGAGCCAGGCAUUUCCCUGCUGAGGGAUGCAGACACCACGGCCCCGGGAACCAGAGCUCUCGCCGCUGCAGCCCUUGCCGCCGGGAUGGGACGCUAGGAUCGUUCUCCUUCUACUUCUCGCUCUUUUUAAUUUUUCUUGCCCAUUUUUAUUUUUUGAUUUUUCCCCGCUCGCCGUUUCGCAUCACUUCUCCGCCCAAAAAAUCAACCGCAUCAUGGAGGCCCUUUGAUGCGUCCGCCCGCCGCGCCGGCUGCCCCCGCGGCUGAGGGAAGCCCUCCGGGCCGUGCCCCGUUCCCUGAGGGGGCUGCCCGCGGCCCGGCCCGCCCCUGCCCCGCGGCGCUGAGCCGGGAUGCCGCUGCGGCGGCCGGAGAGCCCCGCUGCCGCCUGACGGGGGGCUCUUCCUUCCUUCCGACGACGGCAACCUGAAUGUCACCCCCGCGGCGGCCGCCCGCCCGCCCGCGACCGAGGCGGCGCGGGACGUGCCCAGCGCGGCGUGAGGAGCGCAGCCGGCUCCCCGGGGCGCCCGGGCGCCUUUGGCUCUUCGCUGUUCUUUUUUAAUAAAUCGUUGAUUUUUUUUUUUAAUUUUUAUUUUUUUGGCCCCAAAGCACACCCCAAAGCGCACCCCCGGCACAGCGCAGCGCCGAGGGGACCGCGAGGAGCGAGCGCGGCUCGGCGGGAGCGCGGACGCGGAGGUGGGGAGCGGCCCCCGGCCCGGUCCCGGGUUAAUCGGUAACGCGGAGCAAGCCCGGGUGGAGAAUGCGCCGCGCUCCGGGCUCAGGGGAGGAGAUGGUGCCGUGCCCCCGGCCGCUCUGAGCGCCGAGCCGACGCCGAGGUGUGUGUGGUUUGGGGCUUGGGGUUUUUUUGUUAUUUUUGCCUCUUUUUUUUUUUUUUUUUUUUUUGUCGUUUUUGCCUCUUUAUUCCAUCUUAUUUUUUUUCCCCUGCUGUUACAAGGAGGAAGGAAAACGUUACCAAGAUUCUCAGAUGGCUUAGACAAAUUAAUAAUAAUCUGUGAAAAUACGAAGUCGACCGGUUCUUGAUUUCCCCCCUUCCCUCCCCUCCAGCUCCCCAGCCCACUGCUGAGAUUGAGCUAAAAGGACCUGUUUCCUGGAGGACGAGGAGAACAGACACGUUUCUGGUGGUGUAGAAGGGACCGAUGGCAAUGCUUCAGAGUGUAGCGGAGACGCAGGAGAGAGAUUCAACCUGUUAACAAAAAAAAAAUUAAGCAGGGGGAAAAUAUCAACGGGAAGGAAAGAUAUAUAUACAUAUAUAUAUAUACACGUAUAUAUAUAUACAAUUUAGAAGUAUUCCCCAGGUGGCCACAAAGCAUGGGCUGUGUUCCAAGCACCAACCUCUCUGACAGCAGAGUGAUCUGUCACAGUAGCAAUGAGUCUGAGGAGUACAAUUUCCCUCACCAGACCAACACAACCAUGUCUCAACAGCAGCAAGGCAACCCCGUCCCAGGAUUAUUCAUUAAGUGCUACAACACAUCCACUUAUGAGGCGAGGACUAAUUCCUCUAAGAAAGACAAGAGGGAGAACAGCCAGAGCAUGGAGGCAGAGGCCCAGACCGGCAGAUCCAAUGUGAAGGCACCAGUAACAGGUGUGCAGUUUGGCCCUAUGAGACUUCAUCAAGAUCAACUUCAGGUACUUUUAGUGUUUGCUGAGGAAGACGAGCAGAGUAACGGGUUCCGCUGGGCGUGUGACAAGGCUGGAUUUCGCUGUAAUCUUGCCAGGACACCUCAGUCUGCACUAGAAUGCUUUCUAGAUAAGCACCAUGACAUUAUCAUCAUUGACCAUAGACAUUCCAGAUACUUUGAUGCAGAAGCAUUAUGCAGGUCUAUCAGAACAAAGAAAGCCUCAGAAAAUACAGUCAUUAUUUGUGUAGUACAAAGGCACACUGAUCGUGAGGAGUCGUCAAUAUUGCCCCUGAUCUCUGCUGGCUUCACAAGGAGAUAUGUAGAAAAUUCUAGUAGAAUGGCCUGCUACAAUGAGUUGAUUCAGCUGGAGUUUGGACAGGUGCAGGCACAAUUCAAGCUAAGGGCAUGUAAUUCAUUAUUUACAGCAUUAGAGAAAAGUCAAGAAGCCAUUGAGAUCACAAGUGAAGACCAUGUAAUACAGUACGUCAAUCCUGCUUUUGAAACAAUGAUGGGCUAUCAAAUAGGUGAACUAAUAGAAAAGGAAUUAACAGAAGUGCCUAUAAAUGAAAAAAAAGCUGAUUUCCUAGAUACUAUUAAUUCCUGCAUAAAGAUAGGAAAGGAAUGGCAAGGAAUGUACUAUGCGAAAAAGAAAAAUGGAGAUAGCAUACAACAAAAUGUGAAGAUACUACCUGUCAUUGGACAGGGAGGAAAGAUUAGACACUAUGUGUCAAUUAGUAGACUGUGCAAUGACAACAAUAAGGUGGAGAAGACAUGUGAAUGUAUUCAGGCUGAAUCUCAGACAGAUACUCAGACUUGCAGACACAAAGACAUGAGGAAAGGAUCCCUGGAUGUCAGAUCCACAACAUCUCGUGGGAGUGAUGGCAGCUCCCAGCGGCGCCGCUCCUCCAUGGCCAGGGUCCAUUCCAUGACUAUCGAGGCUCCCAUCACCAAGGUAAUAAACAUCAUCAAUGCUGCACAAGAGAGCAGUCCCAUGCCAGUUGCAGAAGCUUUAGACCGGGCUUUGGAGAUUUUAAGAACCACUGAAUUGUACUCUCCACAACUGGGGACAAAAGAUGAGGAUCCACAUACAAGUGACCUUGUUGGAGGGCUAAUGACAGAUGGUUUACGAAGAUUAUCAGGGAACGAAUACAUAUUGUCAGCAAAACAAACUCAUCAGGUUGCCGGCAGUCUGAGCUCUCCAAUCUCCCUCAAUGACAUCCCCCCACGGAUAACACAGGCAAUGGAAAAUGAGGAACAGUGGGAUUUUGAUAUCUUUGAACUUGAGGCUGCCACCCAUAAAAGGCCUUUGGUUUAUCUGGGUCUCAAAAUAUUUGCUCGCUUUGGAAUCUGUGAAUUCCUAAACUGUUCAGAAUCCACUCUGAGGUCAUGGUUACAAGUUAUUGAGGCUAACUACCAUUCCUCCAACUCCUACCAUAAUUCUACUCAUUCAGCAGAUGUACUACAUGCUACUGCUUACUUCUUGUCUAAAGAGAGAGUAAAGCAAACUCUGGAUCCAAUAGACGAGGUUGCCGCGCUCAUUGCUGCCACAGUCCACGAUGUGGAUCACCCAGGAAGAACAAAUUCUUUCCUGUGCAAUGCUGGCAGCGAGCUCGCAAUCCUCUACAACGACACGGCCGUGCUGGAGAGCCACCAUGCUGCCCUGGCUUUCCAGCUCACCACCCGGGAUGGCAAAUGCAAUAUAUUUAAAAACAUGGAGAGGAAUGAGUAUCGAACCCUUCGCCAAGUCAUUAUUGACAUGGUCUUAGCAACAGAAAUGACAAAGCACUUUGAGCAUGUCAACAAGUUUGUCAACAGCAUUAAUAAACCCUUGGCAGCACUAGAAGAAAAUGGGAAUAAUGGUGAUGGCGAGUCAAUCAAAACUGUUCUCAGGUCUCCUGAAAACCGUAUCCUUAUCAAACGCAUGUUGAUAAAGUGUGCUGACAUUUCCAAUCCAUGCAGACCCAGAGAACAGUGUAUAGAAUGGGCUGGACGCAUCUCUGAGGAGUACUUUGCACAGACUGAUGAAGAAAGGAGGCAAGGUUUACCUGUUGUGAUGCCAGUUUUUGACAGAAAUACUUGCAGCAUCCCCAAAUCCCAAUUAUCAUUCAUUGAUUACUUCAUUAUUGAUAUGUUUGAUGCCUGGGAUGCAUUUGCCGACCUGCCAAACCUGAUGGAGCACCUGAAUAAUAACAUUAAAUACUGGAAAGGACUGGAUGGAAGGAACCUGCGAGUCCUUCGACCACCACCAGAAUAGCAGUUAGACCAUGGUGUGUCAUUCACUAGCCCGAUGCAUAUUUAUUCAAGCUCACUUUUGUCUGUGUGAAUUCAGAUUUGUUUUGGUCUCUUCAGUAUUACAGUAAAACUAGCCCAUGCACUUGGGGAAGUUUCACAUUCAAGAGAACAUGAGGUCAGCAGUUGACUUCCACAAAGUCCCAUGUGUGGACUCGGAUGAAAUAAGCCCACCAAGUGGAAUUACACUGGAUUGCUACAGUACUUGUGCUGAAGAGGGUUUAUUAUGGACAUACUUCUGUGAUAUCUUCAUACCAGCACGUGAAGCUGGAAGACCUUGAAGAGAAUCCUCAUAAAAAGGACAUUCACUAGAAGUUUAUCUAUUAAUAGAGACUCACAGCUUUUAUGAGAAAGCUACAUGCUUUUUAUAAGCACUUCAGACAGUUAUGUAGAACAAUCAGACAUUUAAAAUGCAACUGUCUAUGAAAGAAUUUUUUGAUCUAUGAAAAAUAGAUGUACUGUAUUUUUUCACAUCACAGAAGGUGCAAUCAUUCACUUCUGAGCACUACUGAAAGUGAGUUCUCCUUAAGAAAUUUAGUAGCAAAUGUAAAAAAUAACACAAGAAUUUUUGAGGUUGAUCAUUAGCAUCUAUGAUUAAAAUGUUAUGUUUUAUUUAUUUUGUUAGAUGUUCAAUAUUUUCUAUGAAUUUAUAAAUACUUAAAAGCCAAAGCCAACUUUAGAUGCAUUAUAAAUUUACAUGAUUCAUACUCAUUAAUAUACAUUUAAUUGAUGUACAGACCUUUUAUUUUCAUAAUGCAAAUACAAAAUACUAUACAAUGAUACAUUUUUAUUGCACUGUAAGGAUAGAUGUGUAUGUUUAAAUAUUGUCUGAUUUAUGUUAAUUAAAAUAAGUUUUAUUAAAAAGGUCUCACUUGAGAAUAGUAGAAUAAACAAGAACUGUAUACUGUCUGAGCACCAGAACUGCAGUAGUUCUCCCACAAACCAGUGAGGACCACCUGAUCUUCUCUUGGCUACAAAAAUAAUAAUGUGUUGGAACUCUUUGUUUUCUCCCAUGACAUUUUAUGACUGAACUCCCUGUUAAAGUCUGCCUUAUUUUAUAUAGUAUUUCUACAAAGCAUUCCACAGCGUAUAUGAAGAGGUGAUACUAAGCAUCUAAUGAAUUUCAACAUUUUAUAGCCAAUGUAUUUUCCUCUGCCGUAAAAGAAAAAGAACAUAAAACCACCAACACAAACCUUCAACUCAAGAAGUUUGUAAAGGCUGUGUACCUUCACAAUUUAAAUGAAACCUUCAUAGCAACUACCAGAAAAUAAUAAAAUGUAUAUUUUAAGAAGUGUCAAGUCCUACCCAUUUCAUUUGAAAUGUAUAUGCACUUCGUAGUUUGCAGACUAACAAACACAUGAAAUUCUUUUAAAAAUAAGAUACUUUUUGUCUGCGGAAGGGAAAAGUUGAGGGGGUUGAAUGGUAUAUGAAAGGUGUAGCUGGCAAGCCCCUGUGUUUGUGGCCUGCCCUUGGCAAGCCCGUCAGACCCUGGUGUACCCUUGGACAAGUCUCUUCACAGCUCCAUGCUGUGUCACGCUGUGUUCCACUGGAGGACUCAAGGAGUAUCCUGUCAGCCUUCCCUGUCAACAGAAAGGCAUCCAAAGGCACUGAAAGGGCUGCUGACUGUUGUUACUGCAGAGAAAAUUGAGUUCAGAGACGUUUUGAACCAUUUCUGAAGAAGCAGAAGCUGAGGAGAGGUGGAUGAUGGAGCAGUUCAGGGACUGCAGUAGCAGCCUUAAGGCUCCUGUGUCUCCAUUAGAGGAAAACUGCAUCACACCAUCAGUGUCUCCUCUGUUAUCUGCUGCAAUGAGGAUGGGAGAGGAACUGUGAGCACAAGCAUAUGCGCCCAGAGACUUAUCUGCAGAGAUGCUGGUCAGAGCUCCUGAGCUGCCAGAGCUUCGUCCUCCCAGCCCGCGGUGUGAGACUGGCGGGAGAGCCGAAUGCCAUCGGCGGGCACGGUGCCAGCAGUGUCCCCAGGCCGGGCAGUGCCGGCUGUUUCACACUCUGCUUACCCCCAGCCUGGAUGAGGGCACCGUGCAGGUGAUUUGGGAGCUGUGGAACAUCCACCUCAGGGAUGAGGAAGAGCAGCUUUGUCCGGCCCCAGUCCUGCUGGUGAGACCCAGGAGCCGCCAAGAGCUCUCCCUCAGCCUUGCCAGGGCUGUGCUAGCAGCGGGUGUUGUUCUGGUGCUCCAGUCUGCAGGAUCAGGCCCAUUCCAUGGGAAGGAAUGCAGGUGGACAAGCACAGCAGGUGCUGCAGAGGAUGGUGGCUGCUGCAGGCAACAAUUCAGCUGUGUGCGGAUGGAGCCAUCGCUGGGGAAGCCGCUCCACGGUCCAGCCGAGGGCAGGCCCUUUGUUCCCGGCUCCAGCACUGGGUGAGGAGGGACACUGGACAUGCCUUGGAUUAGAGGAUGGAUUUUACUGUGUGCCAGUAAAUUCCCAUAAGGAAAAUGAACAAGGAAGAAAAAGACCCAGCUGAUACCAGGAAAAAUGCAGCUUGCAGCACAUAAUGUUAGAGACAACGACAACUCAUUUUUAACUGACUGUUGCCCUGCCACAUGAUGUAGUUCAGCCAGAGUUCCUGUAUACAGGCCAGAGAUAGUUCUGCCACUGCCUUAGCAGUCCUGUGCCAUGCCUGGUGAUGACCAUGGGGCCAUUCUCCUGAGCAGACUGCUCUGUACUCAGCCACUGGCAGCAUAACAACAGAGCUCUUUGGUACCUGUGGAGUCCCACUGCAAGAGUCUGAGCACCUCAAAUUUGGCUCAGAAAAUCUGCCCUUGCACAGCCAGCGAGAGGGUUGUGAAUCCUGGGGACUUGACUGUUCAGUUCACCAACUGGAAAGUAUUUUGCCAGGUUACAGCUAUGGUUUGAGCACUUGCGGUGAAAGCUGGUGGUGGGUAGUGGAAUCACGGGUUCAGCAGCAGCCUUUGUGCAUUAGAGGCUCUGUUUGGAGGUUCAGAUGUCCUCACACUUCUGUUCUGAUACCUGUGUGUUAUGCUCUUUCAGGUAUCUACUUGAAAAUAAGAGUGGGGCUCUCAGUUUUUGGCUGGUAGGGUAAAACAUGUUCCAGUGGGUAGAAGUUGGACCCAGAGUCAAGGAGGACAUUUUUCAGCAAAGAAUGGUGCUAUCUCACCACUUCCAUCCCCUGCACAGGAGCUGUACCCUGGAGCUGCUGUCCCUGGGAUGGCCAUGCCAGCAUCAGCAGGGCACACAUGGCCACAAGCUGCUCUGCUCACUGGCAGACCAAGCACUGAAAGUCUGGCCUGCUUACAGCAGGUCUGACAAAGUGACCAUAACAGCUUUUCUGCCCUGAAAAUACCUUCCUUCCAGGUAGGUUAAGAACUGAAGCUGUGCUGGUACAGCUCAGUGUUGCUAAACCCAUCUUCUGAGGCUUUUGAAACAGAUAGCCAAGAGCAGCUGGUGCUAAUCACUGCUGUAGGGACAUCCUCAGCUCCUCUUUUUGUGGUUUCUAAAGGCCUAUUUUGGCAAGACUUUUUAAAAGCUAUUUGAGAAAGAAGAGACAAGCUUUUGACACGCAGUUCUAUGUAAAAUCUCUUUAGUUUUGCCAGUGGCAUUUAUUUGUAGAGACCCUGCAUAUUGUAGAGGCCACUGCUUGUUCCUGGUGAUUCCCUAGAAUGGAAACUUGAACCAAUGAUUUUUGUAAAGAAUGUGCAAUAAAUCUCUGGAAAAGC